GAAGGCCUGCCUCGGAGAGGUGCCGGACGAGGUGCGAGCGCGGACGCAUCGAGACUGCGUGCCGCCGCACCUGGGAGCACUGCGACAAGCGGGAGCCCAACGACACUUUCGACGCCACCGAGCGACUCCACCGCCAGGCCGAGCGGGAACACUGGGCGGUCCCAGCGCUCUGGCUGCGGGGCUCAGCGUGCAACGACGACGGAGCUUGGUCAGUCCCACUCGAGUGCACGACGGAGGAGACGACGAGCAACAUCGGCGGGUCGCUGCGUGGAGACACCGUCGCCGCGGCUGGGCCUGGGUACGACUGCGAGGGAACGACCCGCAACCAGGCCGAGCUCUGGGCGCUGCCGAGCUGCCUCCGCAGCAGGGCUGGCGCGCUGCACUGCUGGGCGGACAGCCAGCUG